AUGGCCCCGUGGCUGCAGCUCUGCUCGGUCUUCUUCACGGUCAACGCCUGCCUCAACGGCUCGCAGCUGGCCGUGGCUGCAGGCGGCUCCAGCAGAGCGCGGGGCGCCGACACCUGUGGCUGGAGGGGAGUGGGGCCGGUCAGCAGAAACAGCGGGCUGUACAACAUCACCUUCAGAUAUGACAACUGCACCACUUACUUGAAUCCGGUGGGGAAGCACAUGAUCGCUGACGCCCAGAACAUCACCAUCAGUCAGUACGCCUGCCACGACCAAGUGGCUGUCACCAUUCUUUGGUCCCCCGGGGCCCUCGGCAUCGAAUUCCUAAAAGGAUUUCGGGUAAUACUGGAGGAGCUGAAGUCAGAGGGACGACAGUGCCAACAACUGAUUCUAAAGGACCCGAAGCAGCUCAACAGUAGCUUCAAAAGAGCUGGGAUGGAAUCUCAACCUUUCCUGAAUAUGAAAUUUGAAACGGAUUACUUUGUAAAGAUCGUCCCUUUUCCUUCCAUUAAAAACGAAAGCAAUUAUCACCCUUUCUUCUUCAGAACCCGCACGUGUGACCUGCUAUUGCAGCCGGACAACCUGGCUUGUAAACCUUUCUGGAAGCCUCGGAACCUCAACAUCACUCAGCACGGUUCGGACAUGCAGGUGUCUUUUGACCACGCACCCCACACCUUUGGCUUCCGUUUCUUCUAUCUUCAUUACAAGCUCAAGCAUGAAGGACCCUUCAAGCGAAAGACCUGUAAACAGGAGCAAAAUACAGAGAUAACCAGCUGCCUUCUUCAAAAUGUGUCUCCUGGGGAUUAUAUAAUUGAGCUGGUCGAUGACAGUAAUACGACAAGAAAAGUGAUGCAUUAUGCCUUAAAACCAGUGCAUUCCCCGUGGGCUGGGCCCAUCAGAGCCGUGGCCAUCACUGUGCCGUUGGUCGUCAUAUCGGCAUUCGCGACGCUCUUCACGGUGAUGUGCCGCAAGAAGCAACAAGAAAAUAUAUAUUCACACUUAGAUGAAGAGAGUUCGGAGUCCUCCACGUACACCACAGCACUCCCCAGGGAGAGGCUCCGGCCUCGGCCCAAGGUCUUCCUCUGCUAUUCCAGUAAAGAUGGCCAGAAUCACAUGAACGUUGUCCAGUGCUUUGCCUACUUCCUCCAGGACUUCUGUGGCUGUGAGGUGGCUCUGGACUUGUGGGAAGACUUCAGCCUCUGCAGGGAAGGGCAGAGAGAAUGGGUCAUCCAGAAGAUCCACGAGUCCCAGUUCAUCAUCGUGGUGUGUUCCAAAGGCAUGAAAUACUUCGUGGACAAGAAGAACUACAAGCACAAAGGAGGCGGCCGAGGCUCUGGGAAAGGGGAGCUCUUCCUGGUGGCGGUGUCUGCCAUUGCCGAGAAGCUCCGCCAGGCCAAGCAGAGUUCAUCCGGGGCGCUCAGCAAGUUCAUCGCCGUCUACUUCGAUUAUUCCUGCGAAGGAGACAUUCCCGGAGUCCUGGACCUGAGCACCAAGUACAAACUCCUGGACCAUCUGCCCCAGCUCUGCUCCCACCUGCACUCCCAGGACCGCAGUCCGCAAGAGCCGGGGCUGCAGCCGGGAAGGGUUAGCCGAAGGAACUACUUCCGGAGCAAGUCAGGCCGCUCCCUGUACGUCGCCAUUUGCAACAUGCACCAGUUUAUCGACGAGGAGCCUGACUGGUUUGAGAAGCAAUUCUCUUCUCUCCAUCCGCCUCCUCUCCGCUACCGGGAGCCGGUCUUGGAGAAGUUUGACUCGGGCUUGGUUUUAAACGAAGUCCUCUGCAAGCCAGGGCCCGAGAAUGAAUUCAGCCUGAAGGCCGAGUCGGCGGGCCCCGGGACACCGGCCGACUCGCACUCUGAGGGCCCGCAGUUCGGGCCUGACGAAGAUGUGGAGGCUGGACCUGUUGUCGCGGGUGCCAGUGCCGUUCUGCGGCCCCUGCUGCACGCGGGAAAAGCUGCUGGGCCCUCGGACGUGCCGCGGGACUCGGGCAUCUACGACUCGUCCGUGCCCUCGUCUGAGCUGUCCCUGCCCCUGAUGGAAGGGCUCUCCGCGGACCAGACGGAAACGUCUUCGCUGACGGAGAGCGUGUCGUCCUCCUCAGGCCUGGGUGAGGAAGACCCUCCUGCCCUUCCUUCCAAGCUGCUUGCCUCAGGGGUGUGCAAAGCAGAACCUGGUUGCUGCAGCUACACUGGUGAACUCCACACAGUCGCCCCUUUGUAA